AUGCCUGCUGUAUUCAGACACCCCAGCGCAGUCUCCUGCUUCUUCUGCCAGUCUCCCGUUACUCCCCUCCCGCGCAACCCGCGCUCCUUCCGCUGUCCCCACUGCGACUGCUGGAACCGCUAUGAUGAACAUGGGGAGAUCACCUCGGAAGAGCCUGCAAUGCACGACGAGAACUUGAACGCUCGUUCCUUCGCGAAAAGAGCUUCACCGCGCAAAGACCGUUUCCUAUCCGCGUACGGGAACACUGUAUUCUGCCAUACGUGUCAGACGAACCAAAUGCUCAUCACAAACCUGUUGUCCAACUAUCUCCCUACGCCUGACGACCCGGAGUAUGAGGCGCGUCUGGAGUCUCUUCCGGAGUACCGCCAGUCGGUUGAGAUACGCUACCCUCCAAUAUGCGCCAACUGUCUACCCGCCGUCGAAGACGAGAUUCGCAAACGCGACCACAUGGCCCGGGUGCGCGCUCUCGGUGGAGCUCUGAAGACCACCAGGGGCACGGACAGUCGCCGCCGAUCCUCUGCCACGCAAAAGGAACGGGACAAACUCGAACGCGAGCUGAGAGCGUGGAAAGUGCGCGGAUGCUUCUGGGUCGGAAGCUUGGCCACCGCCAUUUGCGGACACACCUCUAUCGCUGCAUCAUAUCAUCCAUUUUCCUUCCCGUCUUCUAUGAUACCCGUACUCCCGGCUCUCGUCGUGGUCUCUAUUCUAUGGACCGCGUGGGAUCCCACCUACGCCACAUUCCGAAGAGCACAGUUUCAAGGAAGGGCCGUCCGCGUACACGGAAAGCGGACCUAUAACUUUCUGCAGCUUAUUGCGUGGUCCCUACGGCUCAGUACCACAGCAGCUUUGGCCGUAGCGAAAUAUCAGCCAGAGUAUGACGUGCUGCACCUGUGGCAAGAUCCCCGGUCGGAGCGUGCUCGGAUAUUCUGUGGAGCCAUGCUCUUUUCCGAGAUUGUCAUUCUCAUCUCGUCGCACCUGAUCCUGAAAGUGCAACACUCACCUCCAGUCAAACUCAUCGGCCAGAAGGGACAUCUCCGCGCUCUGUCACCGACCCCUUCCCUUCCCUCUUCGCGAUCCGCCACCCCGGCGGUGUCCGAACCCGACCUCCUCGCCACCCUCACCUUGUCGAACAACCCAGUGAUUGCAGCGCCUCCCGCCUACAACCCCAUCUUCGGGAUACCAUCGUUCUCGUCUACCGGCGGCGCCCCACCAUCUCCCACGCGUAGAGGCAGGAGUACAGUCGCGCGAUCACCUAGCCAGGAUAUCGACAUGGACGAUGACGACGACGAUCGCGACCCAGACGCCAUGGACAUCGACCCGUCCUCGCCCGUGAAGAAGGUGGCCCGCGACGACGACGCGUCGUGGUUGCGUCCACAGCGCUUCUUUGCGCCGGAGGAACCGACGGGCCUAGAGAACCUCUUUGCGAGGACGAUUCGGCUCGUCGACAAUUCUGACCAAGGUGCGGAUGGCGCGAAUCAAGCGCGUCGUGGGCAGUCGCAAGGGUUGGCGAGGCGCAUCUUGCGCGCGUGGCCUGUUUUGGUUGCGCUAUGUAUUAUUCCAUUAUUGGCGGCGGCGGGAUAUAGGUUCUGGGAUGUACGGAGGCAGAAGGACAUGGUUGUGCCAAUAUGA